AUUCUAGUCGUCGACAAGAAAACAAACAACAUGAACCGCCUGGUACUCCUGUUCGCGCUGGUCGCCAUCGCCUAUGCCAGACCUGAGUCGGAAAUGGUUGAUCUAGAUGUGGGUUCUGCCGUAGCAAAUGGUGGUAAGCUAAGCGGCGAUCAAAUCUCAGUAAGCUUGAUUCCGCCCAAAAAAUCCGGUGUUGGCAGGGCAAGAAGAGACCUAGACAACGAGGGGAACUCAGACUCUAACGAUCUGUCGAUAAAGGAUUACUUAUUUAACUCGAUCCCACAGGAAAAUUCCGACGUAAGCGACCUCAUGUAUGACCUAGGCAGUGACGGGAACUCAGACUCCAACGUACAGGGAAUCGAAAAUGAUCUCAGAGCAAGCUACAUUCCAAUCAAAAAUGGUGCUGCCGACCGUAUAGGCGAUCUAAGCAAUGACGGAAACUCAGACUCCAACGUACAAGGAAUCGAAGACGAUCUCUCAGUAAGCUUGAUUCCUGUAGAAAAUGGUGCUGCCGACCUCAUAGCCGACCUAAGCAAUGACGGAAACUCAGACUCCAACGUACAAGGAAUCGAAGACGAUCUCUCAGUAAGCUUGAUUCCUGUAGAAAAUGGUGCUGCCGACCUCAUAGCCGACCUAAGCAAUGACGGGAACUCAGACUCCAACGUACAGAGAAUCGAAGAUGAUCUCUCAGCAAGCUACAUUCCAGUAAAAAAUGGUGCUGCUGGCCGCAUAGGCGAACUUAGCGACCCCAAAGGUCACCACUGAUGACAACGUCAGCUUGUAAGUUAAGGUGUUAACAUCAGAGCGUAACUGUAUUAAAUGACUUUUCAUUGCGUUACAUGUAUUCUGUUUACUUCGUUAAAUUCAUUUUUUGUUAUACUUUUUGAAAUAGAUUUUUGAAGCAUUAA